CGUGUACGUAGUAAGGUCAAUCAUGUUAACUUAUUUUACGUUGGUAGAUUGUAAGUUUACUUUACAUAAUACGAGUUUCACUACCAGCGCGAUGUUUUAACAUAAUACUGUCGGUAGGGAUGGAUUUCAGAACGAAAGAUGGUAUUCCAUUUGGAGGAGAAUUGAAGACGUCUGCGUAUUGCCUGGACCCGAAUGUAAUCUUCUUAAACCAUGGGUCAUAUGGAGCUGUACCAAAAGACGUACAGGCGGAGCAAACUAGACUUCGUGACGAUCUGGAACGUUACCCUGAUAAAUGGUUCAGAAUAACCAAUUCUCAAUUAUGGCGCAACAGCUUGCAGACGAUCUGCAGUUUCCUAGGGGCAGAAGUAGAAAAUACAGUUUUCGUAGAGAAUACUACCACAGGUGUGGAUUCGGUUGUCAAGUCAAUACAGUUCCAACCAGGGGAUGCCAUCCUAAUUAGCAACGUCACUUAUAACGCCAUGAAGAAUAUGGGGACAUUCAGCACACCAAAAGAUGUCACUGUCAUCUAUGUUGAGCUCCAGCACCCAAUUGAAGACAAGGAAUAUAUACUUGAGAAGUACCGCGAGGUGCUUGAGAACCACACAAACAUCAGAGCAGCGAUUAUAGACCACAUCACAAGUCCAACAUCAAUUGUUCUACCUGUUGAAGAGCUGGUAAAGAUGCUCAAAGAAUUCGGAGUUUUAUCUAUAAUAGAUGGCGCGCAUGCACCUGGUCAGAUAGAUCUGAGUAUAGCAGAUAUCGGGGCAGACUUUUAUGCAGGAAAUCUUCAUAAAUGGUUAUUCACGCCCAGAGGGUGUGCAAUUCUCUGGAUUCACCCAAAACACCAGACGGUCAUACGUCCAGGUAUUACGUCACACUUUCACGGCCACAAGCUGCAUUAUGACUUCUGUGUGAGAGGCACUAGGGACAAUACCCCCUACCACACAGUUGGAGCUGCCCUAGGGUACCUGGAACGACUCGGGGGCUUGGGCACUGUCCAUAAUUACACAGAGAGACUAUUGGAUGAAGGGUGUGCGUACCUCUGCAAGGUUCUUGGUACCGAGACGUACCCUCUUCCCCCCUCUCUUCGUGCACCUUCUAUGCGCCUGCUCAGAAUACCUCAUAUAGAGGGGUAUUCACGUGAUCCACAAGGAGCAGGAAGCCUUGAAACGGAACUAUCGACCAAUUAUAACAUCCAGACGUGCAUGACAUUCAUCAAUGGGUUUACAUGGAUACGACUCUCGGUACACGUAUACAACACCAUUGCGGACUUUCACAAGUUAGGAGAGGCUUUGAACAACAUAAUGACAAGUGGUAAAGCAGACAGGGUGAGGGAUGAGGAGUAUGGGUGCCCUUUACUGCACUGGGACUUGACACCGUUGACAUCAAUUGGAAACGAAAAGACAGUUGAAAAACUGAGUUAACAAUCUCAUUCAUAUUUCACAAUAUGGCACGCUUACUAAAAUUCAUCCUUUGAAAUAAAACUUCUAUCUACCUUUAUCAAGACGAAAAAUAA